AUGGCCGAUAUCCACCAGGUCGAUAAGAAUAGGGUUGACCUUAAGACACCAUACAAAUCCGAAGGAGACCCCGAUGCUGAAGAGGUUAUUGUAUCGGGCCAUCUUCCUGUGCUGCCCAAGAGAUUCAACCUGCUCAGUGCCAUUGCCACAGGCAUUACUACAGGCAACACAUGGACAGCGCUGGGAGGAGCCAUCGUCGCAUCCCUUUACAAUGGUGGCCCUCCUGGAAUCAUAUAUGAAUUUAUUACCGUUUCUGUGUUCUACUGGUUUAUUGCAGCAUCGAUUGCCGAAUUGGCCUCCGCAAUCCCAGCUUCAGGAGGAGUUUAUCAUUGGGCGACCGUGACUGCUGGUCCUCGUUAUGGCCGUAUUUGUGGCUGGUUCGCUGGCUGGUUGAACUUCUUUGCUUGGUCGUUCGGCGUGUCAGCAAACUGCUCUAUCAUUGGCAGUAUGAUUGUUUACGCAUAUACGCUCUUCCAUCCCAACUUCGAACCACAGCGGUGGCAAGUCUUCAUUUGUUAUCUUAUUAUUUGCUGGGGGUGCUGCUUAACAGUCAUGUUUGCCAACCGUGCCCUCCCUUUUAUCAACCGGAUUGGAUCCUUCUUGAUACUCGGGGGACUUUUUGUCACAAUCGUUGUCUGCGCCGUCAUGCCCAGCCGAAAUAGUAGAGGCUAUGCAUCGAACGAUUUUGUUUGGAAGAACUGGAAGAACGGUACCGGCUAUUCCAGUAACGGUUUCGUGUUCUUAGCGGGAAUGCUGAAUGGCGCCUUCGCGGUGGGAACUCCAGACUGUGUCACACAUAUUGCUGAAGAAAUCCCGCAUGCAGGAAGGAAUCUUCCAAAAGUCCUCGCCUGUCAGGUGGCGGUCGGGUUUUUUACCGCCAUUUUCUACAUGAUCUCUAUGUUCUACGCGAUCAAUGAUCUGGACGCAAUAUUUCAGGCGGACUCAAUCUGCCCCCUUGGUGACAUCUAUUUGCAGGCAACUGGCUCUAAGGGUGGAACGAUGGGACUCCUGAUUGUGAUUAUCUUGCCCAUUGUCUGUGCCACUGUAGGCUGCUAUAUCACAGCAGGUCGGACUCUAUACACCCUUGGCCGCGACGAUGCAGCUCCUUUCUCCAGCAGAAUCGGUACCGUCAGUCGAAGAUGGAACAGUCCUCUCUAUGCUACAUUAGCGUGCGGUGUGAUUUCCACCUGUAUGGGAGCGAUAUAUGUCGGGUCUCUGGCCGCAUUUAACGCGUUUGUUGGCUCGUUCGUACUGCUCACGACAGCGUCCUUUCUCAUGGCUAUUCUCCCUCACUUAAUAACGGGCCGCAAAAACCUCCGUCCCGGUCCUUUCUGGAUGGGUCGGGCCGGGUUCUUCGUCAACGCCAUCAGCUGCAUGUAUAUCAUCGUUUUCUUCGUGAUAUACUGCUUCCCAUACGCCGUACCCACGUCGGCUGCGGAAAUGAAUUACACUAGCUUGAUCACUGUUUGCUUGGCUAUCUUGGUGGGCAUUUGGUGGUUUAUCCACGGAAGAAAGAACUAUGUUGGGCCUCAGAUAGUGUUGAAUUCAUAG